AUGAGUACUUUCCUGGACGCCGGCCAUGGCCCGUCGGCUGAUGACCAGAUGCCAAGCUAUGAGGAGGCGGUUGCGGAGGGAGCGAACCCGACCACGGCGAGGGCGCCGUCCAUCUCGGGGUCGAUACGCUCGCUCAACCUCCACGACGGCACGCUGCCGCCGUCGAUCCUGCGCCUCAAGAACCUCGGGCGCACGCAGUGCCACAACGGCCCCGUGACGGCCAUCGCCAUCAGCCCCAAGGGCUACGUCGCCACGUCCCAGGACAACACGGGCACGGCGCUGCCGUCCAACACGAAGCUCUGGGACUUUGUCCACAAGCCGGCGCCGACGGGGGCGCGGGUGGUGCCGUCGGACAUCAACACCGACGCGCCGGUCGUGGUCUUCAGCCCGGACGGCAAGCUCACGGCCGUGGUGGAGAAGGACGCCGGCGCGAAGCGGGAGUGGCGCGUCAAGCUCCGCGCCGGCGAGGAGGGCAAGGGCGUGCGGUGCAUCCUCAACGGCGUGGCGCGGCCGGCGGUGUUCAGCCGCGACGGCAAGAUGUUUGCGGCGGCGGACCCGAUGGGGGUGGUUGUCGUCUUCGAGGCGGCGACGAGCCCGCCGGGGAUGCCACCGACCAAGAAGGUGGCCGGGGUCGUGAACCACGCGCCGCCGACGCACGUGCUCUUCAUGCCCAACGGGACGGACCUCGUGACGCUGUCGCGGGACGGCACGGUGCGCAUCUCGGAGGCCAAGACGGGCCGGACGCUGCGGCGCAUGGAGGUGGACGGCGUGGCGACGGCGACGGGCACCGGGGCGCGGGCGCUGGGCGUGUCGCCCGACGGGCGGGUCGUCGUGUCGGUGUGGUCGCGGGCCGUCUACGUGUGGGAGCACGAGGCCGGGCGCAUGUCGAGCUGGGAGCUGAACAAGGUGCGCAACAACGAGGGGUGGCCGCUGGCCGUGUCGCCCGACUGCCGGUUCCUCGCGUGCCGCACCGAGGACGGCAUGGACAUCUCGGACGUGUAUUCGGGCCAGGUGCUCGCCGAGGUGCGCACGGCGGCGGGCAUCGACGGGCUGGUGACGGCCGCGGCCUUCUCGGCGGACGGCAAGAUGAUGGCCGUCGGGCGGUAUACCGGCGUCGUCGACGUGUGGAACCUGGCGCCGUUUGGGGAUUGA